AUGGUGGGGAAAACAGCUGGCUGUGCCGAAGAGGUAUCCGUCGAGGCACCUUCAUCGUCGGUGGAAAAGUCUCAAGUCCAACAUGAAGAGUCCGUUGACCAGGCCGAGAAGAGCAUUGGUCUUCGCAUCGACGGGGAUGACCUCGACCAUGAACACGAGCCCAAGAUGACCCUCAGACGCUUCAUGAGUUUGCUCGCAAUGGCCUUGCUUUGGACCGGCAGUCAGAUUCCCGUCUACCUUUAUGGCAGCAUUCCACCCUACAUCUAUGGGGACAUCGGCGGGCUGGAUAGAUGGAUUUGGUUUGUCUUGGGGAAUCUACUUGCUCUCGCGGGCGUUUGUCCUUUCGUCGGCUCCCUAUCGGACCUUCUUGGUCGUCGCUAUGUGGCUUUGAUGGGGGCUGGGCUGCUCGUCCUGGGUACUGUCAUCGCGACGACCGCGAGAUCCAUGAACAUGUUCAUAGCCGGCACGACCAUCGCGGGGGCAGCCGCUGGGAUCAGCGAGCUGACUGCUUUGGCAGUGACUUCUGAGAUGGCUCCUACCCGGAAGCGUGGUGCCUAUGUCGCCGUACUGAUUUUCACCAUCGUCCCAUUCCUGCCAUCUGGGUUAUACGCACAGAUGAUUGCUUCUCAUGCCGGUUGGCGUUAUUGCGGCAUGAUCAUCUGCAUAUGGAAUGGACUCGGCCUCAUCAUCACGGCCUUGUUCUACUUCCCUCCGCCCCGGGUGAACUCCAAAGGCAAAUCGAGGCAGGAGGUUCUUCGCGAAAUCGACUACGUCGGCGGACUUCUCAGCAUUUCCGGGAUGGUGCUCUUCAUGGCCGGCUUGCAAUGGGGCGGUUACCAGUACUCGUGGAGUUCGCCCCAUGCCCUCGUUCCCCUUAUCCUCGGUGCCGUCCUCAUUGUCCUGUUCAUCUUUUGGGAAGCCUAUGGCGCAGAAUAUCCCAUGUUUCCAAAAAGACUCAAGCAAGACCCUCGCAUCUUGGGACUCACUCUGAUCAUCACCUUCAUCUCCGGAGCCAACUUCUUCUCCUACCUUAUGUUCUGGCCGACCCAGGCUUUCAACGUGUAUGGCCAUAAUCCUGCCGGUGUGGGCUUGCGUGUCCUCCCCGGAGGUAUCGCCAUCAUGGUCGGUGCCUGCAUCACGCUUUGGCUGCUGUCGGUCUUCCGCGGGCGCAACAAAGAGCUUAUGAUCAUCUCCUGUAUUCUUAUGACUGCCGGAAGUGGUGCACUGGCGUGUGCAACCCCAGACAAUAUGGAUACACUCUGGGGUCUUUUGGUCCUCGGCGGCCUGGGCAUCGGCGGUAUCGUCGUGCCAGCCUCGAUCAUCACCACCAUCAUCUGCCCAGACGACCUCAUCGCCACCGUCAGCGCCUUGACGCUCGCCAUCCGUGUUAUUGGCGGCUCGGUCGGCUACUGUGCCUACUACAACGUGUUCAUCUCCAAGUUCGACACCAACGUCGUCAAGUACGUCGGCACCGCCAUGUACGAAGUGGGAAUCACCAACACGACCGAUAUCACCCAGGCCAUCGUCCUGACCGGCGCCAGCCUGAUCCAAGACUUGAAGACCAUCCCGGGCCUUGCCAAUGAGACGGCUUACCAGCUGGUCGUCGCCGCAGGCCAGCUGGCUUACUCGGAGAGCUACCGGUACGUGUACCUGGCCAGCAUCGCCGCUGGGGGAGUCAGCAUCAUCGCGGCAUGCUUCCUGGGAGAUAUCAACAAGUACAUGGACGAGCACGUCGCCGUGGUUAUUGAGUAG